AUGGAGAAGAAGCGCCGUGCACGUAUCAACCUGUCCCUGGAGCAGCUCAAGUCGCUGUUAGAGAAACACUACUCGCACCAGAUCCGGAAGCGCAAGUUGGAAAAGGCUGACAUCUUGGAGUUGAGCGUCAAGUACAUGAAAAGCCUUCAGAACUCCAUGCAAGGGCUCUGGACGGUACCCAGUGGAGCCGACUACCCAUCCAGCUUUCCCGGCUGCCUACCGGGCGUGGGCCAGUUGCUCGGGUUCAGAGAGGAGGGUGGUGGUGGACUGCGCUGCCCCCUGGUGCCAGAGCGCGCCCGUGGCAGGACCACGGACAGCGCCAGUCCGAGCCUGCAGGCAUCCGGCCUGCCUGGUGCCAGCAUCCCCGCUGUCUGGACUCAGCCUCCAGCUACCAACGCCUCCCGCUCCCCGCCACCUCGGUUCCUCCUCCCCGGAGAUCUCCCUGGAUCCUCCACCAAUGUCGCGCCACCGCCACUAGCGUCGCACCACCGAGCGGAGAGCCCAGAGUCGGGGCUGCACUUGUGGCGGCCCUGGUGA